AUGUUGUCUGAGAAGACUCCCAUCGAUCUUGAUGUGGCUGUAACGCCCCAGGUGUCAGCAGCUGAUGUCGAGAAGUCUCAGCCAAUAGUGACCGAUAUUGGGCUUCAGUUUAUAACACAAAGUGGCGAUAUUGAGUACACUCAAGCAGAGGAAAAUACGGUCAUAUGGAGAAUUGACCUCUUUCUUCUGUCUAUGGCUCUCGAUAAAGCAAUAAUAUCUUAUGCUGCAGUUUAUGGCAUGAGGACUGAUAUGCAUUUAGUGGGUCAGCAGUAUAGUUGGGCUGUUACCAUGUUUUAUUUCGGCUACCUUAUUGGGCAGCCUCCAGCUAAUUAUUUGAUUCAAAAAACGCCGAUGGGUAAAUUUGCUGCAGUCACCCUCUUUAUGUGGGGAGCUCUCGUCAUGCUUUCUGCACUUGCGCGAAACUUUGCGGGAAUCGCAGCUUUACGCUUCUUUAUGGGGAUCUUCGAAGCCGGUAUCGCGCCUUUGUGUGUGCACGUCACUGGAAUGUUUUAUAAAGGCCAAGAGCAGGCAUUACGUUGUACCUGUUGGUACUUCUUUGUUGGUAUUGCCGUGAUUAUAGCCCCUCUUCUCAGUUGGGGCGUUGGACAUAGUACCUCUGGUAUUAAGCCGUGGAAGCUAUUGUUCAUAAUUUGUGGAGGCCUGUCUAUAGUUUGGUCGUUCGUCAUCUUCUAUUUCCUCCCAGACCAUCCAGGAAAUGCCAAGUUCCUCACUCAGCGCCAACGCAUCAUUGCUAUUGAGCGUCUUCGUGUCAACCGUGCCGGUGUGAAAACCACUGUCUGGAAAUGGGCCCAAUUCCGUGAGACGCUGACCGAUCCACAAGUUUGGAUGAUCGCUCUGUGGGCUGGAAUAAGCAAUCUACUUAACAUCGGAGGCAGUUUUCUGCCUAUCAUUAUCGAAGAUAUGGGCUUCACAGGUCUCAAAACCAGCUUGCUCUCCUUGCCCGUUGGUGGUGUUGAGUGCAUUGCGAUGCUUACAGCUGGCGGUAUUUCAUAUUUCUUCGAGAACGGCCGCACGGUUAUCAUGUUCAUCGUCUCUUUACCUAGUUUAGUUGGCACAAUCCUCCUCACAGUUUUGCCCUUCUCUGCCACAUGGGGCCGAUGUGUUGGCGUGUGGUUACUGCUUACUAUCCCAGCCUCCUAUACUGUGCUUCUGAGUCUUAUUGCGUCAAAUGUCGCCGGUUUUACAAAGAAGGUCACCACAACGUGCGUUGUCUUUGUUACCUAUUCUGUCGGAAACAUCAUUUCGCCACAGCUAUUCAUUACAAGAGAAGGACCAUACUAUGGUACUGGUAUCCGCUCCAUGCUGGUAGCUAUGUCAUUGGUCCUGGCUUUGAAUAUUGCCCUGGGAGUAUACUAUAUAAUUGAGAACCGAAGAAGAGAUCGAGUCUAUGCAUCAACAUCUCAGGAGGUAAUUGACAGAAUGACAGUGGAGCAUGAAGAGUUUCUGGAUAGAACAGAUUUUGAAGAUGCGUUGAAAUUCAGAUAUAGGUGGUAG